AUGAGUCUGUACAACGACGCAUAUGAUGGGUCCCUCACCCGGCAGAAGCUGGAGGAGUACCUGGCCAAGGGGACCAAUAUCAACAACACCACGGGAAACGGAGAGACAGCGCUGGCAUUGGCCAUCAAGAACGGGCACACCAGCGCCGUCAGCCUUCUGCUGAAGUUCGGCGCCAAUCCGUCCAAGCGCAACAUCGACGGCCGGUCUCCCUUGUAUCUCGUGGCCGCGGCGCCGAAGCAGAAGAGGGUACGGCUUGUCCAGCUGCUGAUCGACGCCGGAGCCCUGAUCGACGAGUCGGUGCCGAAUUUCGGUGACGACACGCCGCUCAUGGUGGCCAUCUCGCAGGCUAAGGACCCCAAACUGAUCCACGCGCUGGUGGAGGCCGGGGCCUCCCUGACCCAGACCAAUGCCCGCGGGGAAUCCGCCAAAACCCUGGCGCGCGACUCGAUGGACCCCGCCAUUCAGCGAGCGCUCGUGCCCCAAGGAGACCCGACAAGGACGUACAGACCGGAGUUGGGCAAUCUCCUCACCAGUGCGGGUGUAUUUGCCGCCGCGUAUUUUGGCGACUGGAAGGAUGUAGCCAAAGAUGCGGUGGACCGGAUUGCUCAGUAUCUGACCAAGGACACCGAACUCAAUAAGGGUGCCCCUGAUCUGCACACGGUGGAAGACUUCAAGAACUUCCUGUUGGACUACAUUGAUCGUCAAGGCUUGGAGGACUUUUACCCGGCGAAUGACCCUCGCAUUCAAGCCAUUGCGGAGGCCACAGUGGCGUUUCGAAAGAAGCCUGAGGCGAAAGCUCUCUCCGUUGCACCGACGGGGCUAUCGAUCCAGUCACGAAGUCUCUUUGUCCAGACCAGUGGUCUGGGCGUGCAGACCACCGCUCCGACCAUCCAGAACCUUCUGACCUUGGCGGUGGCGCAGCUGUACACACCUGUCCUGUAUAUUGACGAUAGUGGAUCGAUGGAUUGGGCGCUAGCAGGGCAAAACGCGAGUGGCACGAAACGGAUCGAGGCAGCCAGGGUCCUUGUCUCGGAGCUGAUGGACAUCCUCGACUGGGUGAACCCUGAGGCCCAAGCCGGGCGUGGAACCACGAGUAUCCGCUUCAUAAACAAGGACGUCGGCGGCGCCGACAAGCUGACCUCGACUCAGGUCAAGGAGCAGAUGAACCAGCUCAGUCCGAAUGGGGGCACGCCUUUGGGGACCAAUCUCCGGACCAAAAUCCUGAACCCUUUGCUGUACGACGUGAUCAACAGCAACAAAGACCUCAGCGCCCCAUAUCUCAUCCUGACUAUCGGAGAUGGAGCUCCCAAUUCCCCUGAUACUAACGAUACCUUCCGCAACGAGGUCGCCAGCGCCGCCAACUUUCUGCAAACACACAAGUACUCGCCUCCAGCGGUCAAGUUUACCUUCAGCCAGAUCGGCAGUGAUGCGGCGGCCGAGGCAUUCCGGAAUGGGCUGGUCAACAACCCUUUGCCUAAUAACACCCUCUAUGUUUCGUCAGACCGUUUCGAUCAAGACUAUGACGCGAACAAAGGCAACCCCGAUAGACUCAAAGCGAAUCUGAUCAACUGGUUUUCCGGUCUUGUCGAUCUCAAAUGA